UUACUUCGAAUCCACUAGCUGGCAGCACAAUCGUAAUUUCCAAUCGAAAGGCGGGAUCGUAAAUAGAAGCGCUAACAUCGGGAUAACUCAAGUCGCUUUUGUAAAAUUUAUCUUCAUCUUUCCUCUCUCUCUCUUUUCCUCCUCUUUCCUGUCUUAUUUUUACUUUUGACUGUACAACAUUAACAGUGUGUAGAAUCAGUGAUUGUGUCCAUCGUCGGUGAUAAACCAAAAAAAAAAGACAAGAACAGUUUUAGAAGAAGAGAAAAAGAAAAGAUUCUUUUUUCUCCCUUUGGAUUAAUUUCGUUUCUCUUUAUUUCCAUUCAAUCGGAUUAAUUUUGUUCACUAUUAAAUAACCAAUUGUGUUUGUGUGCUACUCUAAUGGUCAUCUUUGUGUUUACACCAACAACUUGAAAUGGAAAUGACCAGAGAGAGAAAGAGUGACCAUUAACUUGGGUUACCUUUCUUGUUACCUUAUUAUGUAUUUCUGAUAACCAAGAGAACGGAUUAAAAGCCAUUGUCAUCCUUUUGUUUUCUAUUCCAACAUCGGCCAUGUUGGAAAUUGGAUUAUUCUUUUCUUCACAUAUUCUCCAUUGUUCUUUUUAAAUUGUUCUCUCUUCCCAUAAAUUAUCUAUUAUUCUCUCACUAUCUAAUUUAAUGGACAUUUUCCAGUGAAACAAUCUCAAUUUUCUAUUCUAAAGUGAUGUCAUUUCUUCAUAGGAGGUUAACUUGUCUUUCUGGUCCUUGAGUUUCCUCUUUAUACUUAACCUUUUACCUGUUGUGUUACCUUUUUUUUCUCUCUCUCUCUCUCUCAUUUUUUUCUAUUCUCUUCUACUAACUUUCCACCAUCAUGCCCGCUGUAAAUUGGGUAAUUGAACCGGUAUUUUUAAGUAGAAAACCUUUACCACCCGAUAAGGAGGUAGAUGAAUUAGAAGUGAUUACCAAUAAUACUCUUGUCUCGUUGAUUAAACAAUUAUCGUGCCUUGCCCUUAUCUCCAACACCAUAUUCAAUGAAUUAUCAUGCGAAGUUGAAUCAAUUAACCAGAAAACGGAACGUCUUAAACUUAAGAUUUCCAAUUGUCAUUCAAUUGUCGCAAAUCUAAACCAUAAGACGGUUAAAGUUCCUCUUGGGACAAUUAACGAUUUCAUGAGGAUCACUGACCACUUCAAGGUGACUCGCGAGAUGACCAGUAACUUAUUCACACCGGAAAAACGAGCCCCAUGUAUCCAAUAUGCUUAUGAAAAAGCAUCGAUUUCACCGAUUAAUCAAUUUAAAUUGGAUGAUUACAAGCAUCUUAAUGGCUACUUAGGGUCACCCUUUUUCGCCGACACCAAGAGUAAGGUUGAAAUCCUUGAAAUUGAACAACAAAAGCCUGAGAAAUUGGCUCGAGCUGUUAAAUUACCACGAACAGUGUUGAUUGAGAAAGUUAAAACACCGAUAACAGUGACCAGAGGUGAUACCACAACCUUGACCACUACUAAUUUUAACAACACAAUUCUUAAUUGUGAUGGAAUUAAUCAUUCAAUUAAUGUCUAUGAUGAACCUGAUGUUGAUUCAAUUUAUCAACUACCUUCACCUAAAGAGGUUACUGAAGCUCUUGCUCAGGAAUAUCCAGCUUCAUUUAUUCCCAUAGAUGUUUCCAGUUUCCAGCGAAUGUCCAGUUUUCGCCGGUCACUUAUUCACGGUGAUCAGCAGAUUCCAAGACGACGAAUUUCAUCUCGAAAUAAACGCGCCAAUCGACGUAAUACUAUUCACGAAACUGGUAAAUCGGCGACCACUGAGAGGCCGAAAUCCUCGAGAUAUAAUCGUGAGAGACGAAACUCAGAUCCAUCGUCUUUGAAUCGUAUUGAUGAAAGUUGUCAAACUGAGCGAACUGAAGAGGCCAUUUAUUCAACUGGACGGAUUGUAAGUUUAGGCCGAGAAUCGGUGAUCAAAAGACGAUCAUUUGGUGGAACUAAACUUGAAUUUAGAGCUGAGGUUCAUCGGGAAGACGAUCGAAGUGACAUUUUCAGUGGUUCCGUGAUUACUGUUAAAUCAAUCGGUACAAGUUCAUCAAGACUUGGACCUAAUAAUUUAUCAUCAAUCACUGUCACUGGGAACAGUAUCGGUGUGGGUCGAUCACCAAGUUCGGCUAAAGAUCCUUCCUCCUCGAGUCUUUUGACCUCUAGUGAUGUUUCUGGUACAAGUGGAACUACAAUUGUCGAAAAGCGGUUAUCUUCAGCUUCCAAUCAACAGCAACAACAAAGCAACGUUGAAGUGAAAAACUAUCUGACCUCCGACGGAAUUAAAAUGAGAGAAGGAUCAACGGCCAAAGGACCAGGUGAUGAUGGACGAUCAUCGAGCGGUAACUGGUCAGCUUCUAGUUCAACUCAUGCAUCCGUUGAUUCAGAUUCAAUUGCGGGUAAAUGUAGUACAGUAACUGGCGGGAUUAGAACUCACCAUCAGCAUCUUCAUCAUCACCAUCUACGAGGAUCGAGUAACUGUCCACCUCCAGGUUCACCGUCUGGUUCAUCUUUGGGUAAAGAUUCCGUUCUGUCGGAAAGUUUAACCUUAACCACUCAACAAGACACCGAUCGCGGCGGUUACACCGCUGGCGGAGAUUCCAAUGGUUAUGUAUCCGAUACCUCAGCAAUUUCAUCUUCCUGUGCCCUGAGUCGAUCAGACCAGCGACGUCCAUCUGGCCUGGAAAAGAGUCGAGAAGAGACAAAUUACAGUGCAAUAUGUGGUUCGAAUGGUCAACCAGCGGUUGUCACUCGCUCGUCAAAAUCUGGACUAUUACCUUCAUCUCUGAAUCGAUCAUCAUCUUCCCAACAUUCUGAACACUCAACCAGCGGAAGAUCAAUUAAAUUUGCUAAUCGAGACUCAGAAUCUUGGUUGAAAUAUUUUGACUGUUCAACGGAAACUUUAACACCCGAAAUCAUUACCACCGCUGCCAAUGAAACCAACGGUACUAAUAACGGCGUUUGUAAACAGAAUCCAACUAAAAUGAUAAACGAAUCACCUCAUCAUCUUCAUCCUUAUGCCUAUCAUCAUAUUCACCACCAUAGGUCACCUUUACAUCUUCCUCAUCAUCCUCAUCACCCACACCAUCAAAAUGGUGCCAAUGAUUUUGCUCACAUUGAUGAUGAAGUUGAAUCGGUUUACUCUGUGGACACUGAUGGUUAUUAUACUUCCAUGCACACCGAUUCUGGACUUUUCCGUGAUGUUAAAUCAACUGGUGUUGGACCUGUGAACGUUAGUGAGGGCCGAGGAUCUUCCGUCGUCUCACCAAGUGAUGAAAGUAACAUUUUAACCUCACCGGGAACCUCUUGCAAUGGUCGCCUUCGAGCAUCAUCAAUCAGCUCAAACAGCACCAUCGGCGAUAUGAGUCUAACCUCAAUGUACUCGAAAACGGACACCGAAGCACCAGCUGAAGUAGCGUCAAGUGUAGCCUCACCCUCCAUUUCCCCAUCUCACCACCAACAAGUACUCAAAAGUAAUAAAACCGAUUCAACAAGCACCACUGCCACUGGUGCUAUCAAGAAAACGAGUCCAGUGAAACCCGGAAGAUCAACUAAUAAAGCAAAUUCAACCGCUGACCAGCCUCCACCAUCUUCAUCAGCGUCUUUAACGCUUUCAUCGACAGCCAAGUGGACUAAACGAGUUGUCCCACCUCCACCUCCCGUUAGAAUGUCCAGUAUUCGUAAAAACAAUUCGACCAACUCAAAGAACACCAAUCAAUUAGUUAACAGCAAUACAAUUAAUUCACAUUCAAAAUCAUCAGAAUCUAAUCUUUCCUCAGGUCAACCACAGUCGAAGUCCGUUUCUCCUCAUGGAGAAUACGAUUAUACCUCAAUUCGAUCUCAAUCUCAACUAUCUUCACUUUCGAUUCGAGGCCAUUCUGAAUCAGAACAAAGUGAUAAACUUGGUGAACGAGUUCGAUCUAAAACUUGUAUUGGUUCAACAGAUUAUCCAUCUCUUUGUAAUGUUACCUCUUCCUCUUCUUCCGGUUCUUCAUCUUCCUCAUCUGCCUCUUCCUCUUCGUCUUCUAAAAUUGUCUCCUCUUCACCAGCGGCUUCUCGCUCUUCAUCUGAUAACUGUGAUCAUCUAAGUUCAAAUGGUGCAAGUUCCGCCGAUGAGAAUCUCGAAAAGAUCAAUGAACAAUCUGAUAAACAAAUUCUCCCAGUAACUAAAGAGAAACAAAAGAAAUCGAAAAAAUUGUUCGCUUCGUACAAACCAUUCAAGAUAAAAGAAAUUUUCUCUUUUGGAACAUUGAACAAAAAAUCGAAAAUCUCACCAGUGACCUCCGUUGAUGAUAGAAAAGGUUUCAUGUCCUAUGAGUCCAUUUGUACCGAUCCAAAGGGAGAAUCAGCUACUACUCAUUGUCCAUCAUCUCGUCGAUCAUCGGGCUGUGAAUCGAUCCCUGGUUACAACCAAUCGAAAACUCUUAAUGGUCAAAACUCGAUAAGUGGAACUGACCUUUACAAGUCGCAAUCUAUUGAGAAAAAUUUGGCCACUUUACGAAAAGUUGAUUCCAAUCCUUACCUUCCAAAGCCGAUUACUGAUCAAGGAUUUUUCCAAUCUUUACUAAGAACGGACUUUCGAUCACGAAGUGAAGAGCAACUAGAAAAUGAUAAAAAUCGUCGUACUUCAGGUCAAGAGAUGGAAAAAGAACCAAAAUCGACUAAAGAAGAUCAACAAUCAGCGAAAGUGACAGAAUCACCAAGCCAUGAGAAAGCCGAAAUUAUUGACAGUAAAUCUGAUGAUAAGGUCGAAACCAACGAUUCUAAUUGUGUUAGGCCAAGUACAUUGAUCCUUCCGUACAAAAUUAAACAGCAACAGGUCAAAGUGGAACUGGACUCUAAUGGUCGACUAUUGUAUCCAUCGAAUUCACUUGGACGGCGACGUGAUGAUCAUCCAAUGGCCUAUUUAGAAAGGACGAAAAAGAUGGACGAAGAAAAUGCCAAAUGGUCAACAUUACCGAAACCAAAGGUUGAAAAUCAAUAUUUGAUCGGUCAAAGAUCAACACCAACAACGGCGACAACAACGAUUGACAAAUUAGCGCACAAAAAUUGUACAAAAUCUGUUGAAAAACAAAGCUCAGGAUUAAACGAAUCCAUGAAAACAUCACCAACAAUGACCUCAGAAGAUUUGAAUAGAUCAAAUCAAUCGUCAUCCUCAUCCUCAUCAUUCAUUUCACCACCGCCAACACUGACCUCAUCUUUGGGCCCAUUAUCAUCGACACCUCGACGGCCCAUUGCAAGGAUACAAUUACCUCAAGAAUCAAAUUCGACAUCAAAUACAACACCAACAACCGUUAGUCCAUCAACUACCAGUGGACGUGUAGGUCCACCCACAUUUCCUAAGCCUCGAUUCAACAUCUAUCGGCACAGUUUUUCUGGCCUUGGGUCAUUAGAACGUCGAUCGGCCCAAGAUGCUCUAAAGGUGAACAUAAAUUCAACAUCUCCAGCUGAUCAACCCACAUCCGGUGAUUUACCCUCACCAAUAGGUUCAUCUUUGAUCAGCCCUGGAGCGGUGAAAAGUAAACUAUCAACAAGUGACCUAAUUUCAUUGAUUCACGAUUCUAAGCGACGACUUGGCCAAAGGUCGGCAAACAGUUCGCCCUCACCAAUAACAUCGCCACAAAGUGAGCCCUUACCUUCACCGCCGAACCUUUUAUCACCAAACCAACGGCGUAGUUGGUCAUUUACCAAAGAGAUGACCAAUGGUUUUGACAAUAUGAUACCUGGUGUUAACCAGGGAAAUCAAGAUGGACCAAGAUGCCGACGGAGUUUAUGCUCAGAUCGAUUAGGUCCAAUGAGACCGACUUCGAUUCACGAUUUCAAAAAGUUAAUCGCCGCCGCUCGUCCAGUUGGGUCAACACAUAAGCCAACAUUUUCAGCCAAAGAUUUACUUCAAGCUGCUCCAAUCUCAACAAUAUCAUCGGUAAACAGCCCCAGGUCAAGGCCGUCGACACCUUUGACAACUUCACCAAUUUCAAUGACCAACAAUCUGAUAAAUGAAAUGUCCCAACCUCAACAACCAACACCUUCAACAUUAUCACCUACAAUUGCAUCAUCACUCCCAUCACCAAAUUCAUCAACACCCUCACCUCAAUCAUCCACAACCCCACCCACUGUCCACUCUCACCUGAAAGUACCUUUAUCAUCAUCUCCUUCCCCAGUAUCUUCAUCAUCUUCACCUUCAACACUUCGCGACUCUCGAACCCGAGUAAUCAAUGGACGAAUCUACAGAUCACCUUAUCGACUCGAAGUGAUGUGUCCACCAAUCGAGGAAGAUGAUAUCAUGGAGGAAACAACAGUUAAUCACAAUAACAACAAUCAAGCAAUCAAUUCAUCAUCAACAAUCCCAUUCCAAGUAACAAAUGAUUAUAAAAAUGGAUUAACAUUCAUUGGAUCAAAAGAGAUUAAGAAACAUCUAAUCUCUUCCGGAUUUUAUCCUAAUCCCUCAUCAACAACAACACAACCACCAACACCCACAAUCAAAGCAACAUCAACUUGGGUUUAAACUUGUCAACAAUUAACAUGUGAUAAUCAAUAUCUCUCCUUAAUAAUUGUUAUUAAUUUAAUUGCAAUUAAAAGCAAACAAUUUGGUUAAGCUUUUGCUUCCACUUUUGAUGAUUUAAAGCAUCAAAUCAGCUGAUGAAGUUAAUUAAGCUUAAAUUGUUCAACCAAAUGGUUUGAUGAAAGACACAGAAGUUAAAUUGUUAUCACAUUUAACAAUUAAAGUUGAUUGUGAUUAACUAUAAAUUUAACGAUGGCACUUGAUUAAUUGCAAUUAAUUAACUAACUACAAGGAAACGUAUUAGAUUAUCAUGUGAAUAUGACAACAAUCAAGAAACAAUUUAUUAUUACUGAUUAAGAGAUGCAGUUAAUUGUUUCAAAUGUUUAAAUCUAAAUUAAAUGACAACAAUCAGAAUUGAUUGUUGGAAAGUUGUAAAUAAAAUCAAUCAGUUUUUAUAACAAAUCAUGUUGUUGAUUGAGUAGCCACUGGUCAAGCAACAAUUAACUAAAUUAAAUCUGGUCAACUGAAUGUAAUAAUUAUAACAUCAAUUAACAAAUUAUCAAAUUAAUUUAUAAAUCAACAAUUGAAUCAACCUCUUGCAAUGGUGACAACAAAUUGUAAUUAACUGCAAAAGCCAUGAAAACAAUUAAAUCAUCAAUUCACAAUUAAAUUUUCAUCAUCAUCA